AAAAAAGGCCCAUUACAUCUCACUAUCAAUUAUAGAUAUUUAAAGCAAUUUAAUGCAGAACAUUUUUUAGCUGAUCUAAGUAAUCAACCAUGGACAUUGAUUGAUGUAUUUACUGAACCAGAUGAUGCUCUUGACACAUUUUAUAACUUAUUUUUAAAAGUUCUUGAUUCACAUGCACCAUAUAGACAAAAACGAGUAAAACACAAAAACCAGAAUGAAUGGUUCACAGAUGAAAUAGCCAAUGCAAUUCAUAUGAGAGAUUAUGCAAAAAAGAAAAAGAAAACAGAAGAAUUCAAAUACUGGAGAUCACAAGUUAAAAUACUAUCACAUCAAUCAAAAAAAGACUUCUUUAAUCAAGAAAUAAAUUCACAGAAUAAAAAUCCUAAAAAAUUAUGGAAGAACCUAAAAGCACUAUCUGGCAAAACUCACAACUUCCAAACAAACUAUAUAAAUGAUGACAAUGGAAAUCCAGUCUCUGACCCAAAAGAAACUGCAGAAAUAUUCAAUACUUUCUUUUCAAACGUAUUUAAAAAAUCGGGAAAUAUUUCAGCACUGAAUAAAGCAAAUGAAUCUAUUUUAAAAGAAAUGUUAGAAGGUAAAGUUAACUUAGAUGUUCCAGAAUUUGUGAUACCACCAAUUGAACCGGAUCAUGUUAAAAAAACAUUAGACUCACUUGAUGUCAAAAAGGCCACUGGGCUCGAUGGAAUCAGUGGUAGAUUUCUAAAAACUGCAUCUUCUGUAAUAUAUAGACCUUUAUCAAUUUAA